AAAGGAUUCAUUGCAUCAUAUUGAUUUAGACUGGUGUAGCUAAGUUCACUAAUGGGGUCGAUGAAUGUGACCUUCAAUCUCCAAAAAGUUGCUAAAAGCUAUAAAAAAGAAAAAAAAAAUUCCAUUCCAAGUUGAUGUUGUUCUCUGUUUUUCGAUUUUUGGGUAUAGUAAAUAAUUUGACUAAAAAAGAUUGGAACUUGGGCAAAAUCUCAGUUUGCUAUUCUUUUUCAACCAUUUUUGUUAUCAAGACCGAGCCGUACAUCAUCUGAUGGCAGUGAAGGUGGCGUUUGUGUUGAUAUUCCAAACCUAGGCGACAAAUGGGCAAUACCGAAGUUUUAACUUUUUUUUUUUUUUUUUUUUUUUUUCGAAGGUGGUCUCUGAAGAAAAACACACAAACACAGUGUCACUUCGUGUUCUAUUGCACUUUCGCUUUUGGCUGUGUCUGCGUCUUCCUCCUUUAAGCUUCCUUGUGACCCCUUUUUUUCUGUGUAUUUAUGGUGGAUUGGUAAAAACCCAUCUGCCCAUUAUCUUUUCUGAGCAGCUCCUCCUCAGACGUCAUCGUUUUUGUCCCCCUUCUGUUCCAAAGCUGCCAUUUUUUCGUAGUGUUUGAUUGUUUUAGGGCUUUGUAAGGCUAUGGCUGGCCCAGCUCGCCGUAGCUUUUACAUUCCUUCUCGUUUUCUAUUCACUCGUCGUGUUUCCACUUCUUGUUCUGGUGUUGAAGCUUUUGAUCCCCCUCCACUUGUACAUUCUCGAAGGGUGGUUGUUACUGUUAUGUUUUCAGGUUUAGGCAUGGUGACUCCACUGGGCUGUGGAGUCGAUACUACAUGGAAGCGUUUGAUACAAGGGGAUUGUGGGAUUAGAGCUUUAUCCCCUGAAGAUCUUGGGAUGAAUAACUUUGAUAGAGAAGCCCAGUUGCACGCAUAUGAACAGCUGACUUCAAAAGUUGCUGCAAUCGUUCCUUCAGGAACCAAUCCAGGUGACUUCAAUGUGGAUUUGUGGCUCAAUUCUAAGGAACACCGCUCAAUUGCAAGGUUUAUAGGGUAUGCAUUAUGUGCUGCUGAUGAAGCUCUAAAGGAUGCAAAGUGGAUACCGACUGAUCAGGAACAGAAGGAAAAAACGGGAGUCUCAAUUGGUGGGGGAACUGGAAGCAUCAGUGAUAUAUUGGAUGCUGCGCGGAUGAUUUGUGAGAAGCGCAUUCGUCGGCUUAGUCCAUUUUUCAUCCCACGGAUAUUAAUCAACAUGGCAUCUGGUCAUGUGAGCAUGAAAUAUGGAUUCCAGGGACCAAAUCAUGCUGCAGUGACAGCUUGUGCUACUGGUGCACAUUCUAUCGGUGAUGCUGCAAGGAUGAUUCAGUUUGGAGAUUCAGAUGUUAUGGUGGCAGGAGGCACAGAGUCCAGCAUUGAUGCUUUAUCAAUAGCAGGAUUUUGUAGGUCAAGGGCUUUGACUACAAAAUACAAUUCUGCUCCACAAGAAGCAUCACGACCUUUUGACUGUAGCAGAGAUGGGUUUGUGAUAGGUGAAGGUUCUGGUGUCUUGGUAUUGGAGGAACUUGAGCAUGCAAGAAAACGAGGAGCAAAAAUCUAUGCAGAGUUUCGUGGUUAUGGGAUGUCAGGUGAUGCAUAUCAUAUUACUCAACCACACUUGGAUGGAAGAGGUGCUAUUCUAGCAAUGACACGUGCCCUAAGACAGUCUGGUCUCCAUCCGGAGCAAGUGGAUUAUGUGAAUGCCCAUGCUACAUCAACGCCUUUGGGUGAUGCUGUAGAAGCCAAUGCUAUCAAAAGUUUGUUUUCUAACCAUGCAACUUCUGGUGCCUUAGCCUUGUCGUCCACAAAGGGAGCCGUGGGUCAUCUCCUUGGAGCAGCUGGAGCUGUCGAAGCAAUCUUCACAAUAUUGGCCAUACACCGUGGAGUUGCACCCUUGACGCUUAAUCUCACCAAGCCGGAUCCACUGUUUACUGAUGGACUCAUGCCAUUAAAAGCUUCAAAGGAGAUGCCAAUAAGAGCUGCUUUAUCGAACUCUUUUGGCUUUGGAGGAACGAAUGCAUCCCUGCUGUUUACCUCUGCUCCGUGACAAGUCUUUUGGUUCAUUUUGGUUCUCCAGACUUUUUAAGAUGAAUUCCCUUGGGAUCUCUAUUUCUCACAAAAUGCCAGAUCUGCAGCACUUAAAAUAUACAGCUUCUGGGUUGGUGGCAAUGGAAUGCACUCGAGGAUCCUUCAUGUGAUAGGUUUAUGCAUUCCUCUCAUGAUCGGCAUAGGAAGUUGUUACCAGACAUGGUAGGAUGAAAUGUUUCGGGAAUAACUGAGAUUUGCCUCAAUCGGCUUCCUGAGUUUUUAUGAAACUACAAAUUUUUUUUUGCUAAACUUAGGAAACUACAGAGUUUUAUCUUUUGUUAAAAAUCAUUGUCAUGAAUCAUCGAUUAUAAUAUGUUCAAAACAUUUUACUAUCAUGAAUACCAUUGCUAUUCUUUA